GCUGCGCUCCCUCUGCGCUCCCGGCCCUCCCGGCCCCUGGGAAGCAGUGCAAUUCCCCAGCACAUCUCUACAGGAGAGGCCGCGCAGGGGCGUUGAAUUAGGGCCAAAUUCCAUCUUGGGUUUUGCCAGUGCUGUGCAGAAUCCUGCCAGCGCUCCGCCAGGCCUGCGCACCAGCCGCGGUCUGUCAGGGCUUGGGGGCUUCAAACACUUACUGCUGUUUUUUCACGUUUUAGUGAGUUUCUUUGCAAGCCUGGGAACGAAGCCAGGACUCGGCAGCUGAACAGGAGGAAAAUUUCUCGCUCGUUCGACUGAGCCCUGGAGUGGGGACUUUUUACACCCUGAAAGCUCUGUUCCCGUUGCUCUCUGCAGGUCCCGGUCCUUCACACCUGUCCCUGCUGUGCUCUACAGAACCCCUCUUUGAUAUUCGCAUGUGAGCAAUGAACCAAACAGCCGUGUGUGCUGCGGGCCCCAUGCUCCCGCCCGGACGGAGCACUGCGGAGGUCUCUGCUCGGAAUCCACAACUGGUUUUUACCAAGCGUGGAAGAACUCCACGUGAGGACAGCCUGAGAGAGCCGGGGUUGUUCAGCCCCGAGAAGAGAAGGCUCCAGGGGGACCUUAGAGCAGCUUCCAGUGCAGAAAGGGGCUCCAGGAAAGCUCGCUCCUUUAUCAGGGGGUGAAGGGAUAGAAAGAAGGGGAAUAGUUUUCAGCUGAAAGAGGGGAGAUUUAGAUUAGACCUUAGGAAGAAAUGUUUUGCUGUGAGGGCGGUGAGGCCCUGGCCCAGGCUGCCCCGGGGAGCUGUGCUGCCCCAUCCCUGGAGGGGUUCCAGGCCAGGUCGGGUGGGGCUGGAGCCUCUGAUCCAGUGGAAGGUGUCCCUGCCCAUAGGCCUUACGCACGUGGCCAUUGCUCUGACUUAACAGUUGUUGAAAUGUUUGCCUGUCUGUGCUGUUCAUGGACGAGAUGGUGCGUCGGAUCCGGACACGGGAAUCAACAGGUGUUGGUGUUAAGAGGGUAAUUCCUUUCGGGGGUGGGACGGGUUGUGGUAUCUACCCACACAGGAGCUUGUACUUAGGGCUUACCAUGUGCAUCCUAUAAAUAUAGUAUUUGGAUCCAAACAUGAUUGCUAAAUCCCUGCCGAGUGCAUUCAUCAAAGCCUUAUAAAUACAGGUGACUACCCUCCUCUUGCAGCGUCUCUUGGUCUCAGCUGCUUUGUGGUAGAGCUCCACAAUGUCACCCAAAGCAAUGGUGAUACUCUUCAUGAUUCUUCUUCUUCUCCUUCUUGUGGUGUCCCAGGCUGCUGCAAUUGCAGUCCCAGACACUGUGAUGUGUCGGAAGAGCAAGGGCGAGUGCUCCUUCCUGCUGUGUCCCUUGUUUAAGAGAGCCACCGGUACCUGCUACAACGGACUGGCAAAGUGCUGCCGGCCCUUCUGGUGACUCUCCACAGUCCGUGCACAGCCAGGUCCUGCAUGAUGAGGUCCCAGCUCCUCUGUCCUGACCUUCUCUCUCCCCUGGAGUACCGAGCUGUUCCUGCCAAUGGAAUAUUUAGAAAUAUCUUGGUCCAUGUCUGUUGACUUGCACACCUUCUCCACACAGUGUGACUGUCUUUCCUGAACAGAUGGGCAGAUGUGAAAUAUAAACCUCAUUUACCCAUCUUUCCUGUGGGACCCCUUUUAUCUUCCAUUAGACUAUUUAUUUCCCACUUCCGCAUAUGAUCAUCUCAAGAGAAAGUCUUUUAUCUUCCACCUUUCCCAUCCUGUAUCCUCAGAAGAUGCUGUCCUGGCUUCAUCAUCCCUCCAGCUUUUUAGAGGACAUCUGGCUGAUUCAGAGCUUGUUUUGGAGAGGAGAUCUGGUUAACUCUGGUCAGCUCUCGUUUGACCUCUCUCGUGACACAGCAAGGGCUGGAAGCUGAGGUCUUCAGCGAUGUUCUGCUGCUCUCUUGCAGGCUGUGCACAAUAUCUCAGCCUGCCAAUAUUGAAGCAAUCUGGGCUCUGUUUCCCUCCUCGUACACAUUCACUCUGCUCAAAGAGGCUAUGGUUCACAAACUGUUUGAGUUGUGUAAAUAUCUAAUAAAGCAUGAG